UUAGCCGAAUUCUCUUACCAUUCUCACUCUUUCAAAUCCUUCACAUUUCCACACUCAAAUUCAUCAUCACCAUCAUUAAUCAAAAUAAUUCUUAACAACCCUCUUUGUGAUUUCAUCUUCGUUGAGUUUCAAUGGAAGAUAUCGAGGUGCCUGAGUAUUUCACUUGCCCUAUUUCUCUCCAAAUUAUGAAGGAUCCCGUCACAGCCAUCACUGGCAUCACCUACGACCGUGAGAGCAUCGAACAUUGGCUUUUCAAAGGCAAAAACAGCACUUGUCCCGUCACCCAACAACCCUUGCCGCCAGAUUCCGAUUUGACGCCCAAUCACACUCUCCGUCGUUUGAUUCAAGCUUGGUGCAUUGAAAAUGCUGCUUUCGGCGUCGACCGAGUGCCCACUCCGAAGACGCCCCUCAACAAGUUCCACAUCAUCAAACUCAUCAAGGAUCUCUGGCGGCCUCAGCUUGAUCAAAUUCAAACGUUAAGGAAACUAGAAGUUCUGGCGGCGGAGAAUGAAAGAAACAGAAAGUAUAUGACUGAAGUUGGAUUGCCCAAAGCCAUUUUAGAGUUUUUAGUAACAUGUUUUGAAAGAAAAUCACUGGCUGGUUUAGAAGAAGCCUUAAGUAUUCUUCAUUUUUUUGGAGUUCCUUCGGGUGAAACGAAGCUUGUUCAGGUUGAAAUCGAGAAAAUCAUUGAAGCUCUCACGUGGGUUCUAGGGCAAGAAAUGGAGAAUGAUUUUGCAGUCAAAUCUCAUGCAAUGAUCGUAUUGAAAAGCAUCGUUUCAACUGCUAGUUCCACUAUUUUAGAGAGGCUAAAACCGGGGUUGUUUCAGAAGAUUAUUUCGGUUCUUCGAGUUGGGAUAAAUAAACAAGGAAUCAAUGCCGCUUUACAUGUGUUAUUAGACGCUUGUCCGUGGGGAAGAAAUAGGGUCUUGAUGGUGCAAUCCGGCGCCGUUUUUGAGCUCAUUGAGCUUGAGUUAUCCGCUCCUGAAAGACGAAUCACUGAGCUUGUUUUAGGCAUAUUGUAUCAUUUAUGCUGCUGUGCCGAUGGACGAGAACAGUUUCUCAAUCACAAAGGCGGCGUUGCGGUGGUGACGAAGAGGAUCUUGAGGGUUUCUCCGGCGAGCGACGAUCGAGGCAUUUUGAUUUUGUCAUUGAUAACUAAAUUCUCAGGUGGGAACAAUUCGGUUCUUCAAGAAAUGUUGAAAGUUGGAGCUGUGAUGAAGCUUUGUAAAGUUCUUCUAGCUGAUUCUGCAGUUUAUCUGAAGAAUAAAGCCAGAGAAAUUUUGAAGUCACAUUAUGAAGAAUGGAAGGAUUCGCCUUGUGUCAAUAGCUCUCUUAUAUCAGAGUUCAUCAUAUAAAAUUAAGGUGAAAACUACAUAAAUUUUAUAAUUGUUUAUAUUGUUAUAAGUUUACUUUUUGUGUUAAUUUACAUUAAGAUUUUGAUUAAUUGUAUAUGGAUUUAUAUUAUAUG